AGUCCCCGUAGUGAAUUUAUUUAAAAAAAUGUUCGUGUUGUUUCCUUAGGGUGUGUGCGUCAGUGUGGUGCUCGCGCGCAAGGACUGUGGACUGCCUACUCUUCUAGUUGUGUAAAGCCACACAGUCUCACUGGUUUUAGAGGCUGACUCAGUGUCCGCAAUAACUCUGUCACAGAGGGACCUCCAGCCACAGUGUCAUCUUUCUCGCACAAGCGAGAUCCGGUAGCUGCUCCUUUCCGCGACCACCGAAACGGAAAAAUAGCCUGUUGAGGAGGGAAAGCACGUCGGACGCUGCUGGUGUUUUAGCUGUUAGCAUAAUUUCAUAGGCAUCUUACUGUCGGACGGAAGAUAUCAGAGUCGAAAAGGGAUCCGAGUUACACGCUUGCUUUCUUCCGCAAGAAGGUCCUUAAAUGCCUAUCCCCCACUAUGUGGCUGUUCUCUCAUGACUCCCCUGAUACCACGGCAGUUGCUGAUGUAAGAACCCUUAUCAAAGUCAUCACAGCUGCUCAGUCUGAUCUGGCCAGGCUCUUUUGUUUGUUAGAUUAAGAUUUUUGAAUCGGAUGCUGUUGUUGCCCCAUGUUGCUCUAUAAUGUUCCCAGACAGUUUUUUCAGCAUGUGAAGGAAGACUGUUUUCUAAGUGCAGUAAGUGUAAGUGUAUUGCUUAAAAAAUUAAGUGUCUUUUCAGUAAUUUACAUACUCAGAGGGAACCUGACACAACAGAAUUAAGCAACACAGCACAGUAACAAGAAAGCAAUAUUUAAAUCUUUUAAUUUAUAUGACAUGAUUACAAAAAGAUAAUACCAUAUAAGACAUCUAUUGACUGUAUGACCCUACUUCCGGAGACAUCCAGAGCUGAAAAUUAAACAUGAAGGACAUGUCACUAGGUUUACUUAAGGCUUAAGGCUAAGCCGAUGAAAAAGUUGGAGUAAGAAAAUAAUAAUAUUGUAGUGUGGGUGGGUCCAUGCUAUUGGAUCUAUAAGUACACAAAAAUGUACCUUGGAGACCCUUACACAGCACAGGCAUCAUGUGAUUUUGGAAUUCAAAGCCAGUGUCUUGAGAGAUUUGAAAGACUUGAGAGUUAAGGCUUGAACACAGGUCUUUAUGUAAUGAGACCUGGGUAAAUGUUACUCAGUGAAAACAGAUUGUGUUUAUAGGGAAUGCACGUAGGCUUCAGAUUCAACAGUGAAGUAAAAUUUUGAAAAAGUGUUGUAAUAUUUUCCCACUGUCAAUAAACAGCAGAUCCAUUACAACAUCAGCCAACAUACAAGACUGCAGAGGCUGGUAAGUGGAGAAAGUCUGUUUCAUGCUACACUGGACUGGGAGUAAAAUGUAUAUAACUUUAAUUACCGAAAGGUCCAGGGAAGACAAUUUUGAAGUUUUUACUUGUACUGAAAGGUUAUGUGACCUUAUCACCUGUGAUACAGAUUCAAAGGUUUUCAGCAUUGCAUGGUUUUCAAUAAGUCUCAGAGUUAGAAUGUUUUCAUCAAACAGCAGCAGUAUGUUUUCUGCACAUAUAAAAUAUGUUAUUAGUAAUUUGUUUGUCUUUACUCAUCCGGUCACAUUAGUUCUUUGCAACAGUUUUUAAAGUAGACACACAGUUGUAAACAAAAUCAAGCAUGCAGUGUACAAAUGAUUAGCAUGGACUCCUCCUCUCACACACCUUAAUUAUUGUGAGAGUAAACGUGUAUACACAGUAAAUGAUAUAGCCAGGCUCCUUUAAUUUCUCUAUAAUGAUCCCCCUCUCCUCUGCUCUCCUCUCCUCUCCUGGUAGUAGUGUGAUAGAUAUCUCUAUCCUGCUCUGGAGACCUCCUUCUGGCCAGUUAAAAGUAGAGUGAACAGAAUGCUUUGACCGCUAAUGGGUCUUCCUGGCAGAGGAGUCCUAGUUUCAUCUCCACGGAGACAAGUCUUACCAGAAAGAGGCAGGGCUGAGCUGAGCUGCACUGAUUGAUCAGAUGUGUUUGUGUGUGUGUGUGUGUGUGUGUGUGUGUGUGUGUGUGUGUGUGUGUGUGUGUGUGGGAGAGAGAGAGAGAGAGACAUGGUUAGCUCUCUGCUCUCCUUUUCACACCCCAAAGCUGUGCAGCUGCUCUCCCUCCUCCCACUGUUUGGAUAACUGACAGUAAAAGGCCAUAAUUUCCCAUAAUUUAAAAGCACAUGUCCUAGUUUUUCUAAACUUUAUCUCAGUGUUAUUUUUUUGAUUUCGAUUGAAAACCUUUUAAUACAGUUGUAACAGGAUUCCACUGAUCGCAGAUGGAUUUCAGUAACAUGUAGCCAAGAUUUGAUUCAAUAGUAGAUAAAUCAGUUCUAUACUUUGUAACUUAUGUAACAUUCUAAUUUGCUGAGCUUGGUUAAUUCUAAUGCUGAAAUGAUAAGUUGAAUAAUUGAUGAACACAACAUUAUUAUUCAAUGAGGCACCCUGGUGGCCUAGGGGUUCGGGCGCUGACCAUUAACCACAACGUCUGGCCAGGGAGCUUUAUUCCAUGUCAUGCCCCAUCUUUCUCUUCCCUCAUUUCCAGUCAACUCUCUCCUAUCGCUGUCAAAUUAAGGAAUAAAAUGCUCAAAAUUUAUAAUUUAAAGCUGCUAUUAUCAAUAUUUCUAUAUCAACUCUGGAUCAUUGGACUACCUGUAUGUGAAAUGAGUGGCUAAUAAUGACGAAUCCAGAGAGAAUUAUGUUUUAUGGACCUAUUAUAGCAUCUGUCAGCUCUUUGUUUUGGAUUUACAUACACAAUGUUACCGUUGUGGUUUUCUUUUACCGAUCUCAACUGCAUUGCUUUCAGCUGCAGCAGGCAGCUGUUAACAGCAAAAAAAAAAACUCAGAUAAACACACUGCACACAACCUGCCCAGCAUCAAACCACAUAAAUACAAUGUUAACAACUAGUUGGUUAACAUAGUGCAGUUAUUUAACAGCUAAGAAGCCAGAAAUAUCCCUCAGGAGUUGGUGGACAUAAAAACAGAGCCAGUUUUUGACUGACCACAUAGUAAGAAUCUCUUACAGUAGUGUUAUGAGAACCUUAAUUGGCUUAUAUGAUGAUAUGUCAAGCUUGGGACUGUUAGUUAGCCUGACAAGGUUAAGUUGUCUUGAUUUAGCGAAUGCUAGCCAUCAAAAUUUGGAUGUAACUUUAGAUGUUAAUGUUAUUUCAGGAGCCCUAUGUUAGUUAGCGUACUUGUAUAACAUUACUGAGGUUAGGAUUUUGGGACUACUUGUUUAAUGUUACUAAUAUUACCAUUUUGGAGGUGAUUAUAACAUAAGGUGAGCUUCUCAGCCAAAGUGCCAACUUGACGUUAAGGUUAGCCCCUGACGGUUCCAUUUUCUUUGUGUUAAGAUAACAUUAGCAAGGCUGAUACUGUCAUAACCAUGGCGUAAUUAAAUAAUUUGCUUUAGGAUUUUUUUUGGAACAUGAGACUAAUUCAUGAGACAACGGUGUAUAUAAUUAGGUAGUGACGCUCUACACUGAGGUGAUGUGAUGACACUGAUGAUGAUGAAGAUCAUUAGAUGCAGUUUAAAGCUUGUAAGUUAGUAAAGUUUGUAAGUGGACCUUGAGUCAAGAUUACCUUGUCACACAAACAAAAUAAACAAAAAAUAAAAAUAAUUAUUAGUUGCAGCCCUAGUUGAUUCUAACCAGUGUCAACCAUGUUCAGUGACUGGUUGCAGUCAUGGUGCUGUAAGAUGCUUUGGUAAAAUGUUUCAACCAAACACUUGUCUUAAUUUUUGAGUUUGAUUUCUUCUUCUUCUCCCCCUUCAGAUGGCAUCAAAUGACCCACGGCUCCAGCAGCAGCCCUCUCAGAAGGAUGCAGCCGACCAGAACUUUGACUACAUGUUCAAACUGCUGAUCAUUGGCAACAGCAGUGUGGGAAAAACCUCCUUUCUGUUCCGCUACGCAGAUGACUCCUUCACCUCUGCCUUCGUUAGCACCGUGGGCAUCGACUUCAAGGUCAAGACUGUCUUCCGCAAUGACAAGAGGAUUAAGUUGCAGAUCUGGGAUACAGCAGGGCAAGAGCGCUACCGUACUAUAACCACAGCCUACUACAGAGGAGCCAUGGGCUUCCUGCUCAUGUAUGACAUCACUAACCAGGACUCCUUCAAUGCAGUGCAGGACUGGGCGACGCAGAUCAAGACGUACUCAUGGGACAAUGCUCAGGUGAUCCAUGUCGGUAACAAGUGUGAUUUGGAGGACGACAGGGUCGUACCUACAGAGGACGGCCAGCGACUGGCAGAGGAGCUAGGUUUCCAGUUCUUUGAGGCCAGUGCUAAGGACAACAUCAAUGUGAAGCAGGUGUUUGAGCGUCUAGUAGAUAUCAUUUGUGAGAAGAUGAAUGAGAGCAUGGAGGGAGACGUCAAUCUUGUAUCCAACCACAGAAAACAGGGCCUUAAAGACUCAACUUCAGGGAGCACUGGGGGCUGUGCUUGCUAAACAAUUUGCCUUCUUACCGAGUUCCCCAACAACCAAAUACACACACACACACGCACUGAUACGCCUCCAUGAAAGAUCAACUCCUUCUCUGUGCCUCAACCAUGAAAAGUGCCACACCUCUUCCACUCUCUUCACUCCAGCCACGCCCAGCUCUGCUUUGUCCACACAUUCCAGCACAAAACAAAGGACAGCUUGCUGAAAUAAUCGUCAUCAGUGCUGUCAGACCCCCUCUGCUCCCCAAGCCUGCCUUUCUGUUUUUUUCCUUUUUCCUUUAAAGAGGCCCAAUCUGCCUCUGUCUGUCUUUAUGCUUGACCCAUCACGUCUGUGGUGAGCUGAUAGUCCAGCAAAACCUGCCUCCUGCUCUGUCUACUCCCCACAUCAACAACCUUGACCAAUUAGCAUUAUGAAUUUACAAUAUUUAAAACUUUUGUUCAGUACAUUUAAUUUUCUGUGUCAGAUAUUUGUGCCAGAAGCUAAUGGUGCCAAAUAUGAUGGAGUCACAAAAAAUGCAAGGGUAAGUGAGGACAGCUGUACAUUUGCAUUAAUUGUUUUGUUUGAGAUUCAUAAAAUACAUGUCCUCAAGUUUCACUCUACAUUCAAUUUAUCUCAGUUUUACAAUGAUGAUAGCAGCUGGCCUUGCAAAACUAGUCUACAUAUCGUGAGCUCAGUUUGUGUUAGAAGACAUACAUAGGAUUUAAGUGUCACUCCUGAACUGAAAUAAACCAUGUCCUUCCACCUAAAGGCAUUAUUUGUUGUGUCAAAUUUCGGAGAGCGCUGCACUUGUCUAGACAUAUCUAGGAUGCUUCAUGCUCAUGACUGAUGAAGGAGAAAAGCAUAAAUUAUAUUUGUACGGACUAUUUGUGAUGAUGUACUGUAUGUCAUACUGAGCUUUGCAAGUCCUAAAAAGGACAAGUUUUACAUUUUGAGAAAAAUACUUAUUCACUUUCUUGCCAAGAGUUACAUGACUAGUUAAAUAUCAAUCUCAUGUCUGUACAUUAAAUGUGAAAGUAUAGCCAGCAGCUGGUCCACUUAACUUGGCAUAAAGACUUUGUUUUAUUUUUGUACGGAGAAACAAAUGAGCCAUAAAGUUAGGAUUCUGUUACCUUUGGACAGAGCCAUGCUGUUUCCGUUUCCAAUCUUUGCGUUAAGCUGAGCUAACCGCCUGCACACUGUCACUUCAUAUUUACCAUACUGACAUGAGAGUGGUAGCACUAACUCUUGGCAAGAAAGCGAAUUAGCUAUUCCCCUAAAUGUUGAACUAUUUCUUUUAAAGAAAUCAGAUUGUACUAAAAUGUUGAGUAUAUAAUAUACAAUCAGAAUUCACAGCUCUAAAAUUCUUUAAAUAUUGAUGUAUCAGUACAGCGAAGCCAAUUCAGGUGUGAGUAUACAUGUAUGCCUUCACGUUGUCUUUUCUCGCCUAGAUCCUUCCUCUGUUGUAAGAUUCCGAGGUAUACAUCUCAUCAUCCAUCGCUUAUUAUGAAGUUAAAGAUGAUAGAUCAAGAUCAAAACAAUAUAGAAAGCGAACAGGAUGUCAUCAUAAAAUUUAUCUUGUAUUUUGAAGCUUAAUGCCAGUCUUGUGCUGCCCUUUGCUUCCUUUUCUCAUGCACUAACGCUGAGACAGCUGGUGAUUGAUUUUAAUGGGAAAUGUUGUGCUCUGUCCUCUCCACAGUGCACGUGUGUGAGGAAGUUGUUUAACGCUGGUGACACUUGUAUUUGUCACAUGACCUGCCACAUGGAAUGUCCUCAUUACCCCCUUUUUGCCACUUUUUCUUUAAUGCCUUCUCUCACACACAUAUGCUUUCACCAUUACACACACACACACUCAUACACUCAUACUGUUCCCCUAAAUGCAGCAUGAUGAAACAGUUGGCAUGGCAAACAUACUAUGCUUAAUAACUCGAGUAUUUACAAAGUAGUUAAUUAACUUUUUUGUUUGUUUCAGACAUAAUGACUGUUUUCUGCAAAUACAGCACAGUGUGUGUGUGUGUG